CAAGGCCAAAUAAGAGCCGAAAAGUCUUCAAACUUCAUUCAUCUUCCGAACCACCAUCUGUUUUUUGUGGCGUAAUCUCCAGCUUUCACCAAAACUAUAGUCAUAUAAAUUUUAUGUACAUGGCUUGUCUUCAUAAACAGAAGGAGAAGAAGAUUAUUAAACUGCUAUGACAACAAUUCCAAAGAAAUGGAAGAAGAAUUUCCAGGGGCACUGGGAACAAGUGCCAGCUUGGCUUUGAGACUUGGCCAAGCCAUCUUCUCCGUCACUUCUCUCCUCUUCAUGUGUUUUCACAUCCAAUUCUACAGUUAUACUUCCUUCUGUUUUCUGGUAACGAUAAUGGGUUUAGUGAUUCCAUGGAGUUUAACAUUAGCACUGGUUGAUGUAUUCUCUAUAUUUGUGAAGCGGCCACCUCGUCAAGUUGCAAUAAUGUCAGUCGUAACUAUAGGAGAUUGGGUCCUUUCAUUUCUAUCACUGGCUGCGGCAUGCUCAGCAGCUAGUGUGACGGAUAUCUUGAUCACGUCCGGUCAUUCUAAUGUAAACCUCUGCAGUGGAAGGAUAUGCAUCAGAUACCAACUCUCUGCUGCCAUGGCCUUUUUGUCUUGGUGCCUUUCAUUAGCUUCCUCCCUCUGUAAUCUCUGGCUCCUACCCUCUCUAUGAAAGGUACAUCAUCUGUAGCGUCAAAAUUUUGUAGGGUGCCUUCAUGAUAUCUUCACAAUCGAUGGUAUAAUUCAAGUGUAAUUUGUAAAAAAAUUCAAUUGUGAAAGGCAUCUGCAUUGCAUGAAAUUGUACACCAAUGAUAUAAAAAAUGUACAGAUAUGGUACCAGAGUUCUCGGUGGCUCAUUGAAUAAAGAAUUGGAAGGCUAACAGAUGUUUGCUCAAACUUAGCUUUCUGUAUCGUUAUUCUUUAUGAAGAGCUGUGAUUUUUAGGCACUGUCGUAGAUUUUAUGCCAGUGUAUUGGAAAAUCUGAGUGUUAAAAAAUGAAGGUGAUAGAAAUAAAUUAAUAAUAUUCGGCUAAAAAUAUUCCUGGUUAAUAGGUGAGUCAGGCUUGGAUAUUCCUCUUGACUAUAGUUUGAGGUGGAAAUGGUUGCAGAAAAAGUUUGUGUGAAUAUUUGCAGGGGCACUAUCAUCGUGGCGCCUAGUGGAGUAAAAUGGAGGGCCGUAUAGAUUGUUUGCAGACAAGUUUGAACAUACUCCUGUUUUUCCCACGUUUGAUACUCCAUGUUUUCUUUCGUAGGGCCUUAGA